CACGAUACUACUUACAAUAGUCCGGCGUGUCCAUAUUCGAAGUGAUCAACAUAACCAUGAAGUUAGCGUAGAAGGCUAUGUAUGAUCGUCGAGGCAAGGUUAAGAAAGAAGUAAUGGUAUUGUGGCAGUAGUUAUCUACUACACUAGCGUUCCUAAGGACUCGAUGAGCAUAUAAGGGAGUUAGCUCGACCUCGAUUUCAGUCCAGAAUUAUUUCCAUCAGUAUUGAUUCGAAUCCAACAACAACUACAUACUGUUGUAGCCUGCUGCAACUCUCGCUCGUUUGUCAAAUAAGCCAUACUCGGGAAACGGUAUACCUAUUAUUCAUCCAUAUUACAAAACAAGUCAGACAUUAACGCAUCGACUAUGCGGUCAUUCGUUACUCUCUUAGCAGCAUUAGCCUCGUUGCAGGGCGGCUCAGCAGCUCCGUUCGGCAACCAGCAACAACCUCCCACUACCAUAUCUCACGGCGGAUUUCCGCAUCCGACCGGUCGUUUCCCCCACCCAACCGGCUUCCCGCAUCCUACUGGCCAUCACCGUGAUGGUCAUGCUCACCCCACUGGCAAAUUCCCUUGGCAGCCUGGCGCACCGCAUCCCACCCCUCGCGUGAAGAGAGAGAAUGAAGGGCAAGAAGGUGACCAUAAGGAGCCAUGGGGUUUUCCUCACCCAACUGGCCACCAUCAUCACCACCCGAGCGGCGGUUUCCCUCACCCAACCGGACAUCCUAAAAGCAAUAUUUUUUUGAGACGGGAUACGGACCAUGUACGCCCUCACCCGGAUGGCUUUGCCCAUCCUAGCGGUCACCACCCGCACCCAACCGGUGGGUUCCCACAACCUACUGGUGGACCUGGUCAUCACCACCAUCCCCCAGGUGAUAACCAGGACCACGGUCACGGAAACUGGCAGGAUAAUCAUGAGAAGCGAGGCGAGGGGUUCCGCAGACCCGCUAGCAUUUCAUCGCCAAGUGGUAUUACCAGCCAUCUCCACCCCCAACCUACUGCCGGUGCCCAACCCGGGCACCACGUGCAGCAACCCGACGGGGAACCGAAGCGCGAGCGCCAGAUACUACAGGAGAUCCCGCGCGUGGUCCAGGAUGCCAACUAAGAGACAUAACGGAUGAAGGUACCGAAGUUAUUACAGCAUAAUGAAUCCGACCGACUGUACGGUACUGUAAGGCUAGUAAGAUUAUGAUUAGAUGAAGUAAUGGAAGGACUUAGAACGCUUGGAUCUUUAUAGACUGCUUGGCGGAAUAGACUAGCUGGAUGCUGGAUACUGGGCACCUACGAAUGGAUCACGCAGGGGUAAGAUGUCA